AUGGUGAAGGCCAAGGUUACCUCCUACGUCGAAAGCACUCAAAGGAAACAGUUCAAGGUUUAUAUCUCAAGCUUAAAUUUUCCUUUAUUGCUUAAUUUUUUUUUAUUUUAUUCAAUUUAUUGUCGUUUAAAGAAAUUGCGAGAUGUAGUUCAAAAUAACUGUUUAAAUAUCGUCUCAUGUCAAUUUCUUUAUAAAUUUCUAAUCGAUUCUACCGAAAAAGGCAAAAAAGUAUAUGAUUUCUUGCUAUUCCUUACUAUAAUUAUUCAAAUCCCGGAAAUAAUGCAGUUUAUAUGUUAUGAAAUAUUCUUUGAUAAAAAUAGGUUUACACCGACACAGAUCUUGUACGACGCGAUACUGUGUUUUUACGUACUACAAUACAUGAUACUUAUAUUUCUUCCUGCAUUCUUUUCAACCAUGCUAAGUAAAGAAGCUCGUAAGCUGAAGCUUAUUCUUCUUGAAAUCCUCGUUAACAAAAGAGAUUCUGUGUACAAAAAGGAUAUACAACGUUUUGUCGAAUACAUCAAAGCAAGACCAUUUCAGUUAUAUGUUUUACAUUUCAUUCCUUUAGAUUAUAAAUUUCCUUUUUUUGUUAUGAAUAUUUAUUUGACCUACACUAUUACCAUUGCCCAGUUCUCUCGCAAGGGCUAAUUAUUUUUAAGUUAUUAAAUGUCUGAAUUAUAACGUGACGUGAAGGUUAAAUGUAUUUUAAAUAAACAUCAUAUUCUUAUCAAUAAUAUAUAAUUUUGCAUUGGAGUGAUUGCUUUUUUAAUGUAAUUAAUGUUAAUCUAAAGAAAAGUAUUGUGGAUAGUAUCUAUGCACUUUUAUUUUGUUAGUUUGGUUGUAACUUCCUAUCUUAAGUAGUAAUGACCUUUUGUACUGUGAAUUCUA